UAACAGCGGCAGGAGGCAGCCUCCCCAAGCGCGGCCCCUCUCCACCGCUGCCAGCCAGGGGCUUGACUGGCCCCAGGCCGUGGAGCCGCCCAAGACGCGCGGGGCGGGCACUGCUGGGCGCAUCCCUCCCUGUGGCGGCAGUGAGGGCGGGCCGGCACCCGGAAGAGAAGCUGCCGCCGCCAGCUGGCAGGCUGGGAGUGAGGCAAAGAAGCAGGCAGGUGGGCGCCAUGCUGCAGUUUUUGCUUGGUUUUACUCUUGGCAAUGUGGUUGGGAUGUACCUGGCUCAGAACUAUGAUAUUCCUAACAUUGCAAAGAAACUUGAGGAUUUUAAGAAGGAUGUGGAAGCUAAGAAGAAACCUCCCAGUGACAAGUCCUAAGAGAACAGCAUUACCCAAGUCACCUCUGUGCAUGCAUGAAGGAUGCAGUUUACCUUUCAGGCAACAAAGAUCAAGUAGAGAGUUGGCAUGGGAGAUUCCUCUGUCCGUUUUUAGUCUCCUAGAACUGCAAUGUCCUUUUGAAAAAGCAACCGUGAACUUUUCCUGGGACUGAAUUUCAGGGGUUUCAGAAUUUGGAUUUGCAGCCAAUAUGUGACUGCAUAAUAAGAUCAUUUGUAAUUUUUGUUAUUACUUCUCCUAAUAUUUUGUACCCUGUUUUUACCUGAUCCAACUGGAGUCCUGUUUGUCCUGUAACUAUGUGUACUUCACACUUUGUAAUACCCUAGUUCUUAGAAUACUGCAAAAGAAAUUAAAUGCAUCAAGAAGUGGC